CAACAUUUUUACUAAACGAUGACAUGUAUUUUUUUCAUUCUCUCUUUUUCUUCUCGUUGUAGCAAACUGAAAAAUAUGGCUAUUUUUAUGAACAUCUCAACAGCCUUCGAGAAACGGCACGACAAGUACUUCAAGCAAAAGUGCCCAACCGCGAUAUGCGGAUCGAGUUGAUUCCCAUCGAAUGGCAUAAACACGUGCACGAACAAGCCGAUCCGGUGUUGGAGACCAUCACGCUGAAAUCCAUGCCCACCGUUCGUCUAAUCAAUAACGAGUACCUGGCCGACGUGCUUUUUUACUUUUCCAGAGAUCGAGGUCAAAGCAUCAUCGAUCAUUGUACGCAUCUAUUCAAUUCGUCGUAUCAUAAUUUCAUGAAGAAGCAUCCUUAUUUCAAAGGCACCAUCUCCAUCUUGGGCUAUUCACUGGGUGGUAUCAUUACCUGGGAUAUUUUAUCGCAUCAACGGCAACCCACGAACGAGGUGGAAAAGGACGAAUUGGCCAAGCUCAAUAUCCACUUUCCUCCUUUGGAGUUCAAACCGGACUACUUCUUUGCCAUUGGCAGCCCUCUGGGGGGAUUCCUGUCGGUGCGCAACCAGCACCCUAAUACCUACCAUCCGGAGGAAGACAUCGUUUUUGAAAACAUCUAUCACCCCUUUGACCCUCUUGCUUAUCGGUUUGAACCGCUCCUGAACCUGUAUUACAAGGAUCAGCCUGCAGUUGUCAUUGACCGGUCUGUGCCCCUAGGUCCUGGAUUCAUGUCAUCUUUGACCGGCAACCUUCUAUCUUCAUUUUUCUCCUGGACGUCGUCAUCCCUUGGAUCGGAGAACAGCCUGCAGGAGUCCAACGACCAUGGGUCUUUCAAGGAGCACACUGCAUCAUCUUUACCAACCGCGAGCACAACGCUGUCAGCAGGGGACAACGGAGAUACCGGGGCUUUGAAUAGUGGUGGUGGCGGCGGUGGUGGUCUAUUUACAGCCAUUAGCUCCUUUGUGUCGUCUUAUUUCACCAUCUCCCCUACAGAAGACGAUGACGAUGACGACGACGACCAGGAAGCGUUAAGCCGAGACAGUGACCACGAUUCCAUCAUUGACCCAUUAUCCGAUCCCAAGGACACCACUGACGAGCUUCCCAGAAAGUUUUCGCUGGAAAGCUGUGUCAGCGAUACUGGAAGUAGUAACAGUAGCACGAGUGGCGAAGAGGACAUCCCCGAAGAAUUACCUCUGCGAUGGAGUCGGCGUCGUUCGAGAACCUUGGGACCACUGGACGAUAUUCACUUUGAGCCGCCCCACAAGGAAAUCCAUCACGGUCAUCAUCAUUGGAUCGAAGUGCUGGGAAUUGACGGGUUUGAAUUAGCCUCGUCGGAGCGUGCCUCGAUCAAUUUCCAGCGACCUCCUGCAAAGAACGACCUUUGGGCGGAUCUGAGCCAAGAGUUGACCCAUCCCCCAGUGGCCGAACCGGUAUUCGAAUCGACCGUUCCUGAUGAUCCCCACGAGGAAUUGAACAAGUUACCUGGCGGCCGUCGCAUCGAUUACAUUUUACAGCCCGAAUCGCUCAUGGGCAUGAUUGCCAACGAAUACUGGAACGGGAUCCGAGCUCACUUUAGCUAUUGGACCAACAAGGAUUUACUGUGGCACAUUAUGACUCGACUAGAACAAGAUUUAUAGUUCUUUUUUCUUCUUUUCAGUUUGACAGGUCUCCCCAAGGUUGGGUCAUCCAAUUGUGUAUUAUUUUAUUUUUU